GGUCGGGCCGGCGGGUGACGGCGGCGCGGGGGGCGAUGGCGGCGGCGCGGGGCGCGUUCAGCCUGCGGGAGGUUCUCGCCGCCUUCCAGACGUGCGUGACGGAGCGGCGGGAGGUGCUGCUGGGGCCCUACCUGUGCGGCUGGCGGGGGCUCAUCCGGUUCCUGCACAGCCUGGGCGCCAUCUUCUCUUUCGUCUCCAAGGACGCGGUGGCCAAGGUACAGAUCAUGGAGAACUACUGCCGCGGCGAGCAGCGGGAGAAGUACGUGUCGUUGCAGUCCAUGGUGGAGUACGAGCUGGCCAACGGGCUGGUGAACGCCCAGAGGCGGUCGGGGCGCCCUGACUCCGGCUGCCGCACCGUCCUGCGCCUCCACAGGGCCCUGUGCUGGCUCCAGCUCUUCCUGGAGGGGCUGAGAACCGGCCAGGAGGACUCCAGGACGUCCGUCAUCUGCACGGACUCCUACAACGCUUCCCUCGCUACCUACCACCCCUGGGUUAUUCGCAAGGCUGCCACGGUUGCCUUCUGCACGUUACCGCCUCGAAACACGUUCCUUGAAAUCAUGAACGUGGGCACGCCCGAGGAAGCUGUCGCUAUGCUGGGUGAGGCCCUACCCUAUAUCCGCGAUGUCUACGGCAUCACCCAGGAGCUCUUUGCCCAGCAUAAGCUGCUUGACCUUCCUUGACAGGAGGGAUGUUAAAGAGCCACACCACGUUCUGAUAAGCAGGAUGAACCAGGUGAAAACCAGGUGUUUUCACAGACACACAGACAUCUGGUUCUCUGUCUGUUGUCACUCUCCCUUUUCCAGUAUGGAGCUAAUAAGUUGGCAAAGCUAUUCAGGGUGCCUCACUUUAUAAGAUAAAAACAUGUAUCAAUUUUUUUAUAUUUAUGUAUAUCUAUCUAUCUUUGUGUGUGUAGAGCCUCAGCUCUACAGUAAGAAAACACUAUUAGUAUGCGUAAGGGAUUUCUUUUUUCUUCCUGGAUUCACAUUCAACUCGCCAACUAAGCUGGGAGUUGGGUUUUUUUGUUUCUUUGUAAAGCCAAACUCUACAACUUCAGCUUCUAUGUAUUUACAACAAUAGUCAGGACCUUGUGUCACAGCACAACUUUCAGACGUGGUGUCUGAACACAUUUACAAUACAAGUGAGCUCACUUUGCCACUGUUGUUUACAAGCUGUUCCCUCGAAUAGAUCUGGGGAGUUUUGCCCAGUUAUGCUUUAACCUUGAAAAUACAAUCCUGAGUAACAUGUCUGAGAGGAAACACUCCUCCUUGUGGUCACAGACCACAUUUGACUACUGCUGCUAAUUGUGUGUCCCCUAGAAUUAAAGAGGGAAAGGAUGGUGUAUGUCACUACUGUAAGAGAUGGUUCUUCCUUUAUGCAUGGAUCCAUUAAGCAGGACCUUCCUUCUGUGUCACUUCCCCUGCCUGUUAAUCUCUGCUUCACGCAGCUCGGGAUGUGGAACAGUUUUUAGUAUGUUCUGCACAACUACAUAUCCAGCUAAGGCUGCAGGCUGUACCUAAUCUGUUUUCCAGCCAUGCUUCUAAAUGGUGCUCUCAUGUUUGGAGUUUUUUUUUAAAUGAACGUGUAAAAUGCCUACAAAAAUGACUUCUCUGUCUGGGGAGAAAUCUGAACUUGUAUUGUAAGUGACUACUUUGUGAGGCUUAUGGCUUUUACUGUAAAUCACUGCGUAUAAGAGCCAGUGUGCGUAUAUAUUUACACAUGCACACCCCGAAGUAUUUAAAAUGGAGUUUACUUAGCUUUUUGAAAGCUGAAAAAGCACUAUUUGUUAGUUCCAGAUGACAUGAGUAUUUGGGGAAGGAGGGAGAAUACCACAGGCUGCAACCUGUUUUGAUUGUACCUCAGAUAGAAGGAGUUUUGGCAUAACAUAACACUGAAUGAUUCUGGAAAUAACCAUUAUCUCAUGGACAUUAAAAUUAUAUUAAUAACAUGUUUCUGAAGAGUCUCCUCUAUAGGAAUGCUUGCUUGCUUUGUGGUGUUGGAAGGCACGUGGACUUAGAGUGUUAUCUAUCCGUAUCUUGUCCUUCACUAGCAGAGUCUGUUUCAUUUACCUAGCGAUCAGAUGUGAAACCAACUGUCAGGAGUAACGCAGAUGAAGUUAGAUGCUGUGUACUGAGCUCCUAUUCUGAUUAGUCACGUCUGUCAACAACAUCUUUUGCCUGAAGAGAGGAAAUGUAAUUUCCUUGAACAUCCUAAAUGGAGGUUUAGUGCUAUGCUGUGAAAAAACAAGUAUCAUUCCCUUCUGCUAAGACGACCUUAAAAUGAUUACAUAGUUCCAUAGCAUAAAUCCAUAUAUUAAAAUGGAGUAGUUCCAUGUUACAAACUAAAGAAUAUCUCUUGCUGGACUUCCCUUGCUGUCUGAUAUAGAUAGAUCUGGUAUUUCAUCCCUGUAGUCUAUUAAAUGCCUUAAAUUAUGUCAAGUAAUGUGUGUCAAGUGAGAAAAUGUUUUAGAUCUCUUGGGAGUUUAAUGCAGAAAUGGUAGUUUGACCACAUGGGAAAAUUACUUUUUCUCCCUUGUCACAUUCAUUCUCAACUGUUCUUCUUAAGAGAUAAACAUUAAUGUUGAAAAUGAACUUGCAUUUUUCCAUUAAAGAAUCAAACUUACUUAGUAGGGAAAAAACUUUGUUGUAAGUUUAUAAUCAGUCAUUUUGUUCAAAGUAUGCUUCAAGUAAAAUACACCUUUCCAUCAGUCUGCAUGCUCUUAUUUAAACAAAGUAUUGCCUAACGAUAACUUUAUGUUCCUGGUGUCCUGCUCUCUCUCCAAAUGAUGGGAACCUUUUUAACAGCCCCACUUAGUUACCACUGAGGAAAACUAAGGUCCCGCACUUGGCUUCGGGGCAAGUUCAGAGUCGCAGCUUUCACUACGGGGGCCACAUUCAGAGAAGUAAAACCUUCACCCCCAGUGACUGGUGUACUUGAGAGCUGCAACGCCACACGGAUUCACUAGAGGGAGUUUGAAUAUUUUGCAAACAAAAGCCCAUCACAUAAAUUGUCGUUUGCCUGAAGUACUCAUAUACUUAGCUUUCUACAGCGUACUUGCUUCUCUUCAUACACGGAAGAAUAUUCUAGCCUCGUAGAAAAAGUGGUAUAUCACUUUGGCAGCAUAAGCAGUUUUUAGGAUACAGUAUAAAUAUGUAAUAAGCCAAUAAAACACAGUAAAUA